GGCACCCGGCAACAAACGUCGCUAUUCAAUUCUUUCUUCCAACUUUCAUUCUCGAACCUCUUUUCUCCCAGCGCCAGCGCCUACGCGCGUGUCGUGAGCCCCAGGCUAGGUCUCAGUCCAGGAAAGCAGAAGACAGCGGUCGAAAACACGCCCGCAGGCCAUCAUUCCCCCAGCCCACCCCAACUGCGCACUCCCCCGCUCGACAUCUGCUUCCCCUUCAUCCUAGACCGGCCUACCUCUUUGUUCAUACAGCAGCGCGUAUCGGCCCCUGGGUUUUUGCCUGUGCUAUACCCAUACUUCCCCUGUGAAUAUGUCGUCCCCUCCCCCUCUCUCCCCCAAUGCGGCCUCGGACGUCACGUCGACCACGGAGCCACUCUCCCCCCUCGGCGCGAACGCGAACUACCCGACGCGCACGGUCGCUAUCAUCAAGAACCACGCGCUCGCGCACCGCUUCGACAUCGAGCCGCGGAUCCAGGAGGCCAAGUUCGAGAUCGUGAAGGAAAGGCAGAUGGAAUUCGAUGUCGAGACGGACCCGGAGACGCUGUACGAGCUCUUUGGGGACGACGCGGACUCCCUGGGCGAGGGCCCCGUCUGGGUGUACGUCCUCGAGCGCCGGCGCGCCGUCGAGGUGUGGAACACGCUCAUGGGUCCUGCCGACCCCGACGUCGCGCGCGAGGAGUGCCCCAACUCCCUCCGUGCCCUCUUCGGCAUUUCCGCCGCGCAGAACGGCCUCAUGGGCUCCCCGGACGUGGAGACGGCAGAGGUGCAGAUUGCAUCCCUGUUCGCGUCCUCCCCGCCCUUCCCCACGUCUGAGCUCCCCGACGACGCGUACGGCUCGAUCCGCUCGCUCAACUCGACCACGCUGCGCCAGCUGCGUCACCAGACCGCUGACGAGGGCUACGCGCCGUCGAGCAACGCGGAUGGCAGCCGCCGCACGAGCAUCUCGAGCGGCACGAAGCAGUUCCGCGCGCGGGGGCUGCCGCCGACGCACGACAAGCCGGACAUCGUCCCGCGCAUGAGUCGCGCGGCCGCUCUGCGUGCUGGCAUCGCCGUAGACAAGGUCGACACGCGCCCGCGCGCGCCGCUGUCGAAGGAGCGCCUCGCACAGACGUUCGAGAACGUGCCCGGGCACAAGCGCUCGAGCACGAUCCACGUCGCGAGCACGGCCGCGCCGGCAGUUGCGCCACGCAUGACAAAGGCGGCAGCACUGAGGCUGGGGAUUAAGCUUCCGGAGAAGGAGAAACCUGUCGAGCGCCGCCCGGCGGUGGAGGAGAACCGUAGAAAGACGUUCGAUGGUGUCCCGGGGCAUAAGCGUCGGGAGACGAUCAACGUGGCGAGUACGGGGACGCCUACAGUGGCGCCGAGGCUCAAUCGGAGCGCUAUGCUGCGCGCGCAGAAGAAAGAGGGAGGAGCAGCGCCGCCGUCGUCCUUCAGCUUCCGUUCGCCCUCCACGAGUGUUUCUCGUGCUCCGUCUCGCAGCAGCUCACAGAACUCCAUGCGUCCGCCAUCGGCACAGGGCGGCGCGCGUCCGCCGUCUGCCACUCCGCGCGCGGGAGGCCUGACUCGCUCCGCCUCCAUGUCGUCGAGACCAACCGCCAGCGGAAUGGAGCUAAGUAGAUCGACAAGUAGCGCGGUCAGCAGCCCACCAACGCCCGCGAAGCCAAAGCCGCGUCCAAGCAGCAUCUCCGCGCCGACGAUCGCCCCGCGGACGAACAAGAGCGCAGCGCUGCGUGCUGCGAAGCAGGAGGCAGAGAAGCAGGCAGCCGCGAAGAAGACCGUACGCCGUGCGUCGAUGACGCCUCGCUCGGUGGCGGCGUGAGGCUGAGCUUCAGUCGUGGUCUGCUCAUGACCUGUUGGAAGAAGAAUAAGCGAACUACGCGUGAAGAUAUCACGACUACCAAGGACUUUGGAGGGGCACGCGCACAGGCGCCGGUCGCGUCGCUCCGUUUCGAUUUUUGCUUACCACCCAUAUCUCCUCGACUCAUCUGAUCUUUUGCUCGGGCCUCGUCUUAUGACACGUCCUCAUAUCCUCGCUUGCUCUUGCUAUAGGUAUAUCGCCGCUUCUGCUCUAUCUAGCUUCAUCCAGCCGUCCUCGCUACAUCUAGCCGACUUGCUUCAUUCAGCUGCCUCUUGCUUUAUCUAGCCGAAUUGGCGGCCAGACAGAUAAGUAUUUAUGUACUACCAUUAUAGCGUCCUCCUCACCCUUACUGCGCUACAACUUAUGUAGUCCUUACUCUCAGCGGCCCAGUGGUACAAUCAGGUGCUCAAUACACUCAUUCCCUAUG